AUGAUACAUAAUGGGAUGUUGGUGGCAUUUGCAGAGAAGUGGCAUCCAGAGACAUUGUCAUUUCAUCUUCUUCACGGUGAGAUUACCAUCACUCUUGACGACAUUGCAUGCCUCCUGCAUAUACCUAUAAGGGGUAUCCUCCUUAGUCACGGUAGGCUGAUGAACGAAGAAGCGAGGGAAAUGCUGAUUGAAAAGCUGGGGAUUGAUCCUGAGGACGCGCUUGAGGAGGUUGAGAGGACUCGCGGGGCGCACGUUAGGUUUCACUUCUUGAGGCGACAGUAUGAUGCUGAGCUCCUUGCGGCACAGGCUGCUGCUGGUGACGAUGAGGUGGAUAUACACAGGUAG